GAGAAGGCGGCGCUGCGGUUCGGAUGCGGCGCUCCUCCCAGCGCUCACCAUAGAGCUGAGGGUGGCGCCCUCCUCAGCGUAGGCAUUUCCGGGCGGCACCGCGUCACGUCCGGGCGGCGGAGAUGCCGGUUAAACCAAGUAUUUGGUCAACGCGAUUUUGUGCAGGAGGACCAUCACUUUGUUUUAUACUUCAGAAAAUAUGAGAAUAAGCAGAGUGUUGUUCUCUCCCAAUUAAAAGUACAUAUCUGUGCCUUGCUGAGGACAGCUGCAGGAAUCAAACACUUGAAUCAAUGUUAUCGGAUGAGUUAGAAUCCAAACCAGAGCUGCUGGUUCAGUUUGUUCAGAAUACUUCUAUUCCACUAGCUCAAGGGCUGGUGGAAUCAGAGCCAAAAGACAUCACCUGUCUUUCUCUCCUUCCUGUUAGUGAGACCUCAGAAUGCAACAGACUCAUGUUACCAGAUGAUGAAAGAGAUCUCACUUCUCCAAGUCACACUAGUUCUUCCAAAGAUGUUUCUUCAUCUGCUGUGUUGAGGAGCCUCCAGGUAAAUGUGGGCCCCGAUGGAGAGGAAACAAGAGUACAGAAUGUACAGAAACCACCUGAACUUCUGUCAUCUCCAGAGACUUCCAGUUUAUUGCAAGACCUACAGCCCAGUGACAGCACUUCAUUUAUUCUUCUCAACCUAACAAGAGCAGGGCUGGGCUCUCCAGCAGAGCACUUGGUGUUUGUUCAAGAUGAAGUAGAAGAUUCUGGGAAUGACUUUCUCUCUCAUGAUAGCACAGACAGCAGUACUCCAUGGUUCCUGCGAGUGCAAGAAUUGGCCCAUGACAGUUUAAUUGCUGCAACUCGAGCACAGCUCGCUAAGAAUGCCAAAGCAAGCAAUAAUGGUGAAAAUGUUCAUCUUUGCUCAGGAGAUGGGCAGCCGAAAGACUCAAGCCCCAUUCCUCACUUAUCUCGUAUGGAAAGGAAGUUGAAAUGCACAGUUGAAGGCUGCGAUCGGACAUUUGUGUGGCCAGCUCACUUCAAAUAUCAUCUGAAAACACAUCGGAAUGAUCGUUCCUUCACCUGCCCAGCAGAAGGCUGUGGAAAAAGCUUUUAUGUCUUGCAGAGGCUGAAGGUGCACAUGAGAACUCACAAUGGUGAAAAACCCUUUGUUUGUACAGAGCUGGGUUGUGGGAAACAAUUCACAACAGCUGGAAAUCUGAAGAACCACCUACGAAUUCACACUGGGGAAAAACCCUUUCUGUGUGAAGCACAGGGAUGUGGUCGUUCCUUUGCUGAGUACUCCAGCCUUCGAAAACAUUUAGUUGUCCACUCAGGAGUGAAACCCCAUCAGUGCCAAAUUUGUGGGAAGACAUUCUCCCAGAGUGGUAGCAGAAACGUGCAUAUGAGGAAACAUCACUCCCGAAUUGGAACAGGUGGCAGCAGAGAGCAAGAACAACCAGAGUUGUUGAUGGGCAGUAGUUUGCUGGAAGAAUCUACAGUGCAUAGUAAGAAUCUCAUCUCUGUGAACUCUCAGCCCAGCCUUGGUGUGGAGUCUCUACAUCUGCCAGAUACUGAGUCUAUUAUUGGAGUGGAGGAGGGUGAGACCGGCUGCUCUUUCUUCCGCCCUCUUAUAUGUAGUGACUGAAGUGGGAUUGAUUGCUCCUCCUAGAGACUCACCAUGUUGCAGUGGGAUGAGUAAGCGUUGCUUUAACUGUGCACAGAGCGAGUUGGGUAGAUGGCAAACAAAUGAUAAUGCUGGAGCUGGAGAAGACGUACUGGACCAAGUUUCUCCCUACAGAGCUCAAAAUGUGGUCUACUGCUUACAUGUCAUUUAGCCCAUGUCGUGGAACACCAUUUCAAAACUGUUCAUGCAGUCCAUUCUCCUAAAGCCUAAAGCACUUGUUAUACUGGAGCACUUAGAAGUUCCAGCUAAGGACCAGGAUCUCAUUGUGUUAGGCACUGUACUGAAUGUACAAACAUUCAGUAUCUUGAGCAACAGACCUUUCAUACUUUACCUUCAGAGACUAUAUUCUAAUACAUCUCACUGUCAGGAGCUGACUUAAUACCUGAAAUAAAUGUACGACUUGGUAUCAUUUAAUUACAACUGCUGUGUUCUUUUCCAGUUGCUUCUUUCCUGAAAUUUUCUUUGAUAUAUUAACCUCUAAAAAUUACUCUACCAUGUAGAUGUUUUGAAUUUUUGUUAAGAUAAAGUCAUUUUUUUCAUUCA